AUGACUUUAGAAGCUGUAGUGUUCCAACAGGACUCGUUCAAUAAUGGUUGCAGGGAUAUCUAUGCUUUAGGAGCAGGUGGAACUUGGAGCUAUGGCCUGGGUCUUAAAGAAGACAAAGUCUACUUUGAAAAACUUGGCAAUAAUGUAGAGCAAGUCUCCAUUGCAAACUUGGAAUCUUUACCUUCUUCAAUGGUUCAAGGUGUAAAGGAGCGAGACGCGAACACUGCCUCCCCAGAUAAUUGCACGAUCACCGAUCGUGGAUUCUUGGCUCAGGGACUUUCUUUGGUGGAAGCUCCAGCAGCAGCAACAAUGGGCAGGCGAAAAAGACGGCGCAUCAGAAGAAACAAGAACAAGGAAGAAAUGGAGAAUCAGAGAAUGACUCACAUAGCUGUGGAACGCAAUAGAAGGAAGCAAAUGAACGACUAUCUCACUGUGCUUAAGUCUAUGAUGCCUGCUUCUUAUGUGCAAAGGGGUGACCAGGCAUCAAUACUAGGGGGAGCCAUUAAUUUUGUGAAGGAGCUAGAGCAACUCCUCCAGUCCAUGGAAGCCCAAAAAGGAAUCAAGCAACGACUAGACAACAGUUUGUCCUCUGGUCUCUUCUCUGGGUUCUUUACCUUGCCUCAGUAUACCUGUUCUAAUGAAUCCAGCGAAUCAAUGAUGGAGAAGCGGUCAGGCAUUGCAGACAUUGAAGUGACAAUGGUAGAAAGCCAUGCCAAUAUCAAAAUACUAUCAAGAAAACAUCCCAAGCAACUCUUGAAAAUGGUGGCCGCCUUGCAAUCCUUGCACCUUAUCGUUCUUCACCUUAACGUCACAACUGUGGAUAAUAUGGUCCUCUGCUCUUUCAGUGUUAAGGUUGAAGAUGAUUCAAAGCUAACCUCUGUGAACGAGAUUGCAGCUGCUGUGUAUGAGAUGGUGGGUUGGAUCCAAAAGGAAGUUCAAUUUGCUUGAAUAACCCUAGAAUCUUAUGUAUUUUGUAAAGUUUUUUCUGCUUCUUGUAUUUGGAUUAUAGGGUUGGAGUAUGGCUAGACUUAAGCUUUUCAAUAUUUUAUAGGAAUUAUAUGUAUCAUGCAGUUGCUUAAUCUGAGCAAUUUAGUUGCCUGUGAGAAGUGAGAACUAAGCCAUCUCGU